AAACCCUUAUUCAUGCUCCUCCAUCGUUCAAGAGUGUAUUAAUUAGUUCGUUCAUUUCUCUCUACACUUUCUUGACUGUAUCCACAUUAUUAUAGACUAAGAGAUUAAUUAUAUUAAUGGAGUUGUUUCCUUCUUCUCCAAAAAAAUAUGAUGUUUUUGUGAGCUACAAAGGCGGGGACACCCAAAUCAACUUCAUUAAUAACCUAAACUCAGCACUUACUCAAGCAGGCAUUAAAAUAUACAUUGAUAGUUACCUCCGAACCGGAGAUGCGAUAUGGCCGCCGCUUCGCGAAGCCAUCCACAACUCCAGUGUAGCCUUUGUGAUCUUCACAAAGGGCUACGCGUCUUCCAAAUGGUGUUUGGAAGAACUUGGGAAGAUACUCGAAUGCCGAAGAACCGAGGGAAUGGGGGUUAUACCUCUGUUUUACAAUGUUGAUCCUUGUGAUGUACGGAAUCAGAGUGGAACAUACGGAGAAGCAUUUGCAAAACAUGAACGGUGCUUGUUGUUGGAUGAAAAAGACAACAUCAUCAACAAAGAAGAUGUUCAGAAGAAACUGUCUCAAUGGAAAGGUGCACUCACUGAAGCUGCUAAUAUAUCUGGAUGGUACACUCGAAGCAAUAAGAACCAAUCUCAAGUCAUUGAGAAAAUGGUCGGAGAUGUAUUGGAAAUGCUGGAGUUAAGGUUCCCUAAGGAACUAAAAUCCAAAGACCUUGUUCGAUUUGACAAAAUCCUCAAAGAGAUGCAAUUGUUGCUGUCAAAAAACAGAGGUAAUUUGUUAGUUGGAAAUGUUCAAGUAAUCGGAAUUUGCGGUAUGAGCGGGAUAGGUAAAACAACCAUCGCAAAAAUCCUUUUUUCCCAACACUUUCCCUUAUAUGACAGUGUUUGCUUCAUAGAAAAUGUGAAAGAAGCAUCACAAAACAUAGAAUCUUUAAAAGAGAAGAUGGUUUCUGAGCUUCUAAAGGAUGAAAAUCAAAACUCUAAAGAAUCCACAUUAUUAAUUGGAAAGAGGCUUAGUAACAAAAAGAUUUUUGUUGUGCUUGAUGAUGUGGAUAAUUUAGAACAAGUAGAAGUAUUGUGUGAAGAAUUUAGAUAUGCAAGUCCAGAGAGUAAACUCAUUAUAACUACAAGAAAUAAGGAUUUGCUUAGGGGAAUAAUGGUUGAUGAAUAUGAUGUUUAUGAGAUUAAGACAUGGAGCUUUGAAGAAUCUCUAGAGCUUUUUUGCUCGAGUGCCUUCAAGAGCAAGCAUCCGAAGAAAGGAUACGAGGAUAUUGCGAAAAGGGCGGUUGAUUAUGCCGGUGGUGUUCCGUUGGCUUUGAAGGUUUUGGGUUCGAGUCUUGGUGAUAGAAGCAUUGAAUUUUGGGAGAGGGAAUUGGAUAAGGUCGAGAACUAUUCUUGUGACCGGAUUCAAAAGGUGUUGCGAGUGAGCUAUGAAGGACUACAUGAUAUUGAGAAGAAAAUAUUUCUAGACAUUGCAUUCUUUUUCAAAGACGAGAGUAAAGAUUUUGUGGAAAGGGUUUUGAAUGCUUGCGGUUUCUAUGCUACCGGUGGUUUGAAGGUCCUUGAAGAUAAAGCUCUCAUAACCAUUUCAGAUGGCAACAAAAUAAAAAUGCAUGGUUUGGUGCAAGAUUUGGCUUUGAGUAUUGUUCGUGAAGGCAUCGAAGAUCAUGGAAAACGUAGCCGGUUGAGGGACAUUGCUGAAAUUUCUAGUGUACUUGAAUGCAAAAAUAAGGGGAGUGAUGCUGUUGAAGGUAUAAAGUUAGAUUUGUCACAAAUUGACGAUCUACACUUAAAUGCUAACGCAUUUAGCAUCAUGACUGAACUAAGAUUUUUGAAAUUGCAUACUCCCUGUGGUAAGAUUUCGGGUAACAUGGACUAUCCUAUUGUCCUUAAUCAAUUUUCUUCCAAGUUGAGGUAUCUUGAGUGGAACGGAUACCGCUUAAAGUCUCUUCCAGAAAGUUUCUGUGCUACGAAGCUUGUUGAGAUUCGAAUGGUCCAGAGCCACAUAACAGAACUUUGGCAUGGGGUUAAGAAUCUUGUGAAUUUAGAGGGAAUUGAUCUAAGUGAGUGCAAAUAUUUGGAGAAUCUUCCAGAUCUGUCCAAGGCAUCUAAACUCAAAUGGUUGAAUCUUUCUGAUUGUGAGAGCUUGGUUGAGCUUCAUCCAUCUGUUUUGUCUCUUGACACGCUUGAAACUUUGAUCCUCAAUGGCUGCAAGAAACUCAAGAGUUUAAAGAGCGAGAAGCAUUUCAGAUCUCUCAAGAAAGUCAGUGUGGAGGGAUGCACCAGUCUGAAGGAGUUUGCGCUGUCCUCCGAUAAGAUGGAGAGCUUGGAACUGAAGAAUGCAGGAAUAGAACAACUGCACUCGUCGAUAGGGCUUUCCAGCAACCUUAGAUAUCUGAAUCUAGAAGGUUUGAGAUUCCAGAAUGUUCCAAAUGAGUUAUCAUCCCUUACAAGCCUUGUGGAACUAAGAAUUUCUGAUUGCAAAGAACUAGUUCUUGAAAAACAGAAAUUGCAAGCAUUGUUUGAUGGUCUAAGAUCUCUAAGAUUGCUGCAUUUGAAGGAUUGUUCAAACUUGCUUGAACUUCCUGAAAACAUUAGCGUGUUGUCCAAGUUAUGUGAGCUGAGACUAGACGGAAGCGGCGUAGAAACGUUGCCUGAAAGCAUCAAGCAUCUUUCGCUGCUCGAAAUUCUUUCCUUAGAGAAUUGCUUGAACCUCAGGCAACUGCCAGAGCUUCCAACAACCAUCAAAGAAUUAACCGCCGCUAACUGCAAAUCGUUGGUGACAGUUCCCACUUUGAAGACUCUUGCAACCAUGAUGACAGGGCGAGAGAAGUUCGUGUCGUUUGAGAAUUGCACGAAACUAGACGGAUCUUCGCUCUGCCGGAUAGCGGAAGGUGCAGAGUUAUCAUCAAUGAAUGCCGCUUUUCAAAAUGUGUUUGUAAGAAGCAAAGGCGCCAGCGGUGCCAGCUGUCACAACUACAACUUUGUUAAGGUGUGUUCACCAGGAAGCAGAGUCCCGGAGCAGUUCACAUACCGAAGCAGAGAGUCCUCUUUCAAAGUCAAAAUUCCUUCACACUCCAACAUUUUGGGAAUGGUUUUGUCUGUGCUUAUUUCGCCAAGCGAAGGAAUCAAGAACCAUGGUGCCAGAAUAUUUUGUCAGUGCUAUGAUGCUGAUGGUAGAAAGGUGGGGUAUGCUACUAGGUGGUUCCAUGAAGCUACCAAGGAUUUGAAAGGUGAUCAUGUUUUUGUUUGGUAUGAUGCACUUCAUUUUGAUAGCAUUGUUAAAAGCCUCAAAGAACAAGAAAUUAUUUUUGAGUUCUUUGUUGCAAAUGAAUUGGGGGAACGUGAUGUGUUAAAUGUUCUUCCAAAAGAGUGUGGGGUGCGCUUGAUUUUUGACUCAGAGUUGCACAAUCUUUUGAGGAAUUUGCAGUUGGAUUUUGAGUCCAAGUGGGAGUUAGGGUUGCGGUUAGGUUCGGAGUUGGGGUUGGAGUUGGGAUCAGAGCUAAGGUUGGAGUUGGAGUCACAACAACAUAGAGCAAUCUGAAUGGCAACUGAGAGAUUUUAUUUCAAUGAGGACGAAAGCGAUGGAUUAUACAAUGAAGAACACGUUCAUCAGAGUGAAAGAAAGGGGAUACACAAUAUCAAGAUGUUCUCAGUGAAAGAUAUGAUUGUUUCUAUGUCUUCUUCAAAUGCGACCCGUAUAAAGUAUUAGUUUCGCGUAGAAGAAAAAAAAAAGUGAGGGGUUCGUAUCAUGAGAAAUUUAUUAAUUUAAUGUCUUAAAAUUUAGUUUGAUGUAAUGUGUCACUUUUUAAUUUAAGUGUGGAAGGAGAAAUGGUGUAGUACGUAA